AGAGACCACAAAUCUGCAUCUAAAAUUCUAUACAAGUAUUCUUCCUUUUUUUGGUGUAAUUCUUUUGCUUAGCACAAAAAGUUCUCUCUUCCACUUACUCUUACUGACUCCCAUUGACACCCAAAGUUUCCAGAUUUGAACCAAACUCUCUUUUAGCACUGUAUCACUUAACAGCAAUCAUCCAAAUAUCCAUUGCCGGACCCCACUUUCAACCUUCAAAAACAUCAUCUUCUUCACUCCAUUGUCUGUUUUUCAGACAAGAAAUCCCCCUUCUCUCUCUUUCUCUCUCUAGAAAAUGCUAAUCUUUCUUUCACUUCUCUUUCUUUCCUUCCCAUUAACCCCACUUUCUUUAAACCAAGAAGGCCUUUAUCUCCAACGAGUCAAGCUCGGUCUAUCCGACCCAACUCACCUCCUCAGUUCUUGGAACGAUCGUGACUCCACUCCAUGCAACUGGUAUGGAAUCCACUGCGACCCAUCUACUCAGCGAGUCAUUUCGGUGGACCUCUCCGAGUCGCAACUCUCUGGUCCCUUCCCUUCUUUCCUUUGUCGUCUUCCAUAUUUAACCUCCAUUUCUCUCUACAAUAAUACAAUCAACUCCUCUCUGCCAACCCAAAUCUCCAAUUGUCAAAAGCUUGAAUCUUUGGACUUGGGCCAAAAUCUUUUAGUUGGUAUAAUACCAGAAUCUUUGUCUCAGCUUCAAAAUCUCCGGUACUUGAAUUUGGCGGGAAACAGUUUAACCGGUGAAAUACCGAUCGAAUUUGGCGAAUUCAAGAAUCUUGAAACUCUUGUACUCGCUGGGAAUUAUUUGAAUGGAACUAUACCCAGUCAGCUCAGUAACAUAUCUACGCUUCAGCAUCUUUUACUCGCUUAUAACCCGUUUCAACCGAGUCAAAUAUCGAGUCAGCUCGCUAAUUUAACCAAUCUUAAAGAACUCUGGCUUGCUGAUUGUAAGCUUGUUGGUCCGAUUCCUGCAGCUUUGAGUAGGUUAACUCAGUUGGAGAAUUUGGAUUUGUCUCAGAAUAGACUUACUGGGUCAAUUCCAAGUUCGUUUGCUGAGUUUAAAAGCAUUGUUCAAAUCGAGUUAUACAAUAACUCUUUGUCAGGUUCUUUACCUGCGGGAUUCUCAAAUUUGACAACUUUGAGAAGAUUCGAUGCUUCUAUGAAUGAGUUAAGCGGGAUGAUCCCUGUUGAGUUGUGUAAGUUGGAACUUGAAUCUUUAAAUUUGUUUGAGAAUAGACUUGAAGGUAAAUUACCAGAGAGUAUAGCAAAGUCUCCAAAUUUAUAUGAGCUCAAGUUGUUUAAUAACAAACUCAUUGGUCAAUUACCGAGUCAACUUGGUUUAAACGCGCCCUUGAAGUCGUUAGAUGUAUCAUACAAUGGAUUUUCUGGUGAAAUACCCGAGAAUUUGUGUGCAAAAGGGGAACUAGAGGAUCUUAUUCUGAUAUACAAUUCAUUUUCCGGGAAAAUCCCUGAAAGUCUUGGAAGAUGUUACAGUUUAGGGCGUGCUCGGUUAAGGAAUAAUCAGCUUUCUGGGUCAGUUCCUGAAGAGUUUUGGGGGCUUCCAAGAGUUUAUUUGGUUGAGCUUGUUGGGAAUUCUUUAUCGGGGUAUGUUUCCAAAAUAAUUUCUUCUGCUCAUAAUCUUUCUGUUUUAUUGAUUUCAAAUAACAGGUUUUCCGGGAACAUUCCUAAAGAGAUUGGUUUUCUUGGGAAUUUGAUUGAGUUUUCUGCUAGUAAUAAUAUGUUUACAGGUUCCGUUCCAGGGACAUUUGUUAAUUUGAGUAUGUUAAAUAGGCUUGUUCUUAAUAACAAUAAGUUAUCUGGUGGAUUCCCACAAAGCAUUCGAGGUUGGAAGAGUUUAAAUGAGCUUAAUUUGGCAAAUAAUAAGCUAUCGGGUGUAAUCCCAGAUGAAAUUGGAGAUUUGCCGGUGCUCAAUUACCUUGAUCUUUCUGGGAAUCAUUUUUCAGGAAGAAUCCCACUUGAGUUGCAGAAACUGAAGCUGAAUUUGUUAAACUUGUCCAAUAAUAUGCUCUCUGGAGAUCUCCCUCCUCUUUUUGCCAAGGAGAUUUACAAGAACAGUUUUGUUGGGAAUCCAGGCUUAUGUGGUGACUUGGAGGGUCUUUGCCCUCAACUUCGUCAGUCUAAACAACUGAGUUACUUAUGGAUUCUUCGAUCAAUCUUUAUAAUUGCUAGUUUAAUUUUUGUUGUGGGAGUUGCUUGGUUCUACUUCAAGUUGAGGAGUUUCAAGAAAUCCAAGAAAGUUAUUACUAUAUCAAAGUGGAGAUCAUUUCAUAAGCUUGGUUUCAGUGAAUUUGAGAUUGCUAAUUGUCUAAAGGAAGGUAAUCUGAUUGGAAGUGGAGCUUCUGGGAAAGUCUACAAGGUUGUGCUUAGUAAUGGCGAGACGGUUGCAGUGAAGAAACUAUGUGGAGGGAGCAAGAAAGAUGAUGCUAGUGGUAAUUCCGACAAAGAUGAAUUCGAAGUGGAGGUUGAAACUUUGGGAAGGAUCAGGCACAAGAACAUUGUUAGAUUGUGGUGUUGUUGUAACACUGGUGAUUGCAAGCUUCUGGUUUAUGAGUACAUGCCAAAUGGGAGCUUAGGGGAUUUGUUGCACAGUAGCAAAAGUGGGUUGUUGGAUUGGCCAACAAGGUAUAAGAUUGCUUUAGAUGCAGCAGAGGGCUUAUCUUACUUGCAUCAUGAUUGUGUUCCUCCAAUUGUUCAUCGUGAUGUGAAAUCCAACAACAUAUUGUUAGAUGGAGAGUUUGGAGCUAGAGUUGCAGAUUUUGGAGUUGCUAAAGUUGUCCAAGGAGUUAACAAGGGGACAGAAUCCAUGUCUGUGAUUGCUGGUUCCUGUGGAUACAUUGCACCAGAAUAUGCCUAUACUCUGAGGGUGAAUGAGAAGAGUGACAUCUAUAGUUUUGGAGUAGUGAUAUUAGAAUUGGUGACAGGCAGACUGCCAAUAGAUCCAGAAUUUGGAGAGAAAGACUUGGUGAAGUGGGUCUACACCACCUUGGACCAAAAAGGAGUGGAUCAAGUAAUUGAUUCAAAGCUUGAUUCCAUUUUCAAGACUGAAAUCUGCAGGGUUCUUGAUGUUGGCCUUCGCUGCACAAGCUCACUUCCCAUCGGCCGCCCAUCAAUGAGAAGGGUAGUGAACAUGCUGCAAGAAGUUGGUGCAGAGAUCAAGCCUAAAUCCAGCAAAAAAGAGGGGAAACUCUCUCCAUAUUACCAUGAAGAAGCCACAGAGGAAGUGUAGUCAGAAAAAAGAAUUUUAGUUAAUUAAAAGAAUUAGGGAAAAGUUAGGUGGUGAAUUUUCUCAUUUUCAUUGGUGUUUGAUGUCAUGGGGCAAAGGGAAUCAUUGAUGCAAUGGAAAGGAAUGGGAGUAGAUUCUUGCACAUGCCACUCUUUUUAGCCUACAUUAAGACCAUAGAUUAAGACAUGAAAAGGUUGUAAUUAUUACUGCCACCUAGUUUUAGUUGCGGCUUUGGUCUUUAGUUAGGUAAUUGUAACAAGACACUUUUUCAAGGAAUGAUACCACAUCUUUCCGUUUCAGUAA